AUGCGUGAACUAGACCCACUGGUCUCCGAGUACCAACAUGACAAACACCGGCCCAGAGAAGCAGAGGCUUUGUUGAUGCUCCGGAAGAUCGCUUCCCUAGUCAAACCAAUUAUGCGUCAGAGGGCUUGGAGGGUAGGAACACUGUGUGAAUUCUACCCACAGCAACGAAAUCUCUUGGGCUUGAAUGUCAACGCGGGCCAGAAAAUAUGUCUCCGUUUGCGAUACCCCUCCGACGAGCGUCAAUUCCUACCUUUAGAGCAAGUAGUUGAUACGAUGCUGCACGAGCUCUGUCAUAUUGUACAUGGACCACAUAAUCAGCAUUUCAACGCCUUAUGGAACCAGUUACGUGAUGAACAUGAAGAGCUAGUCAUGAAAGGUUACACUGGAGAGGGUUUCCUCUCCCAAGGUAAACGCUUGGGCGGUCGKAACAUGCCAAUAGACGAGGCGCGCCGCGUAGCCAGAGCGGCUGCAGAGCGGAGACGGGCCCUUGCAGCAGGAUCAGGACAGCGGCUUGGCGGUGCCCCCGUAUUGCGGGGAACAGAUAUGCGCAGAGUCAUUGCUGAUGCCGCGCAGAGGCGUAUCGACGUGACCAAGGGCUGUGCCUCCGGGGCAGACAACAGCGUUGAGCUUGCAGAGGAAGCCUCUAGGAAUGGGUUUCGCACCAAAGCCGAAGAAGACGAUGCAAACGAACGGGCUAUCAUGGAAGCUUACAUUGAUUUGAUACAGCAAGAAGAAAGGGAGAGAUACGGGCCUUCUUACAUUCCCCCUUCCCAGGAAAUCCCUGCCGGGCCUCGGUCAGCUCUUUCUCCUCCUCCUGUACCAGAAAACACCAAACCUAGUACCUUGACUCAGCCGCAAGACUCGAUUGAUCUCACCUAUGAUAAUACCUCUUACGAACAACCCUGGACAUGCCCUAUCUGCACUCUUGAGAACCCAGCCAACUUCCUGUGCUGUGAUGCUUGUGCUUCGGAACGCCCACGACCCUCGGCUACUAGAUCACCAUCUGGACCUUCAACCACAGGUCCUUGCAGCACAGACAAUCGCAACAAGAAGAAGCGCCCGAUAAGCCAAUCUGCCAGUCAGACUGUUCUUAAGAACAGAACUAGGGCCGUGGAAACCCUCGCUGCCCUUGAUAGCAAUAUCGCCAAGCGGCCCUUGGGCUGGAUCUGUCAAACAUGCGGCACAUUCAUGGAAACGGAAUGGUGGACUUGUUCAAACUGUGGAAUGAUGAAGCAGGGCUCGUGA